AGAAAAAUUUUACCCCUGUUUGUAGAGGGGGAGAGGGAAGGUGAGAGAAGGUGAGGCCACAGCCGGAAAUGGGUAAGGUAGUGGAGAAGAAGAAGAAGAAGAAAGGACGACCCUCUCUUUUAGAUCUCCAAAAGCGAAGUCUCAGACAACAACAAGAACAACAGCAGCAACAACAACAGAAACGAAAUCCUAAUUCUAAUCCCUAUUCUAAUCACGUUAGAAACCCUAUCGUACCUAACCCUAACCCUAACCCCAACCCCAACCGCCGAUUCACUCGCCGGAACCCUUGCCCCGACGGGACCGCCGUGUCAUCUGAGAGAAACGAAGGUGGAGACGCCGACGUUGACGAAGAUGAUGACGAUGAACCGAACGGGCGCCGCAGAGAGAAGAAGCUCAAGUUCGUUCUCCGUCUGCCCGCACAUCAGCAGCAGCAUAAUUCGUCUUUGAAUUCUGGUUCCUAUGGGUCUGAUUCGAACGCCGAGGAUGAUAAUGGCGAGACACCUCAUAAGAGGCGGAAGAUCAAUGCUGUGUUCGAUGGAUCUGGUCACAGUGAUGCCGAAAAGGGAGCAAAGUCGAAUUUUUCCUCGAAAGGGACGGGCAGUCUUCCAGGGACGCAGUUGGAGACUGGACCCACAACGCCUUUACCGGACAAAAAGUUGCUGGUGUUCAUCCUCGAUAGGCUUCAAAAAAAGGACACGUACGGCGUAUUCUCUGAACCAGUGGAUCCAGAAGAGCUUCCGGACUACCAUGAAGUUAUAGAGCAUCCCAUGGAUUUUGGAACUGUGAGGAAGAAACUGGAUGGAGGGGCUUAUUCUAACUUGGAGCAAUUUGAGAAAGAUGUCUUCUUGAUUUGUUCAAAUGCAAUGACAUAUAAUGCAUCGGAUACCAUUUACUUCCGACAGGCACGGUCCAUACAAGAAUUGGCAAAGAAGAACUUUGAAAAUUUAAGGCAAGAUAGUGAUGAUAAUGAACCAGAACCCAAAAUAGUAAGGAGGGGUAGGCCACCAACCAAAAAUCUUAAAAAGCCACAAGGCAGACCUUCCCUUGAGCGUGCUGGUUCUGAGUUCUCAGGUGCAACUCUUGCUAGUGGAGGAGAUGGUGCAAUGUGGUCCCACUCUUAUGAUAUCAAAAGAGGACCUCCUUUGGACGGGUCUGGCCCUACUGAUACAUCAGCAAGGGCUAUCCAGGGGUCUGGCAGUGGCGAAGCAUAUACUAGUUGGUUGGCUGACCAUAAAACUGAGAGGAAUGAUGAAUUUUCAGGGUUGAAAGGUAUGUCAAUGAAGUGUGGAAAGAAACAGUUUAUACUGGAUGAAAAUAGGCGUAACACUUAUUUACAAUCACAUAUAUUAGUUGGUGGACGUGAGCCUUCAGUAUUUACUACCUUUGAUGGAGAGAAGAAACUGCUAAUGGCUGUGGGUCUCCACUCGGAACAUGGUUAUACAAGGAGUUUGGCUCGAUUUGCCGCAAAUCUUGGGCCCAUUGCAUGGAGAGUUGCCUCAAAGAAGAUAUCAAGGACGUUGCCUGCUGGGAUGAAGUUUGGUCCUGGUUGGGUGGGGGAAAAUGAUGCCCAACCGCAACAGCUGCAAUUGCAGUCAACAUCUCCACCAGGACAGCUGCCGUCUCAGUCACUUCCUCCGCUCCAGGUUUCGUCAUCUAUGGUGUCACCUCGCUUGAUGGAGUUGAAAGAAGACAGACCACCAGAGAAUCAAGAGCAUUCGAAAAAUUUGCCCUCAAAUGGGCUUUCAAGCAGAUUUCCAGCUAACUCUGCCCUUUCAUCUUCCGAAGCCACAAACAGAUCUGUUGUGCCUACCACGGAGGGUGUGGAAGCUGGUAGAUGUUUAAAACAAGAUAGUGGGCUUACUUUACUGAACAAUGGUGGUAGUGGAGCCAUCAGGCCCAGGCCUCCCUUUCAGAUUCAUCAGGGUCCUAUACUUCAACCUGCAAUGAAUGGUGUUCGGGGUGGAUUUGGAUCUAACCUUGCGGCUCAGAUGGGGAAAGUGGUCAGACCAGCUAGGCCAUCUGGGAGUUUUGGUUCAGAAACGUCAAUGCCCUCUCGUUCACCUCCUGACAUGGUUUCCAGGACUACUAAUAUUAAUAAUAGUGGUAGUGAUAAUAAUAAUAAAAAUAACAAUAAUAAUAACAAUACUAGUAAUAAUAAUAAUAACAACGUUGUCCAUUCAGCACCCGUAAACCAUCUACAGUCGGAUAAUACAAAGCUGCCUGUGACUGGGAGUUCAAUGAAUCCCAGCAGUAUCAGCAGUAGUGCUUUGGUGGAUUCUGGUGACAAGACACAGGAAGCAGCAACAGCACCUGGAUCUGGGCUCCGACCCAUAACAACUUGGCGGGGACUGUCACUUCAGCAGAAGCCAGAUACAAUUCCUCCCGACUUGAAUGUCAGAUUCCAGUCACCAGGAUCUCCAAACUCCAGCGUCAGGGUUGAGUCGCCACAGCCGGACUUGGCAUUGCAGCUUUGAGGAUGGUUGGAUUGGGUGGUUAUUUAUUAUUUAGCUUGGUAAGAUAUUAUUAUUGCAGCUUUGAGGAGUUGCAGCUCCAAGUUGUUGAAGAGGAGGGAGCAAGGCGCAUGCCCACACUCUAAUUCUAAUUGCACUGUAAAAGAGUUUGAUUCCCUUGCCCGCCGGCAGCCGGGAGGGGCGUCGUUGUACAGAUAAUGUAUCCUAAUUCUGAGGUCCAAAAGGAAACUAAACUUCCAUUUGUAACAUUAAAUCCAUCAUUUAGCAGAAGGAAAUUUUUUUUAUUCCAA